AUGGAUUUGUUACCACCUAUUGAGCCAACAGUAGAACAAUAUCAUACGCUUAGUGUGGACAGUCUAACCUAUGAGAAACGUCGUUUGGAAAACUCUGUAAAUCAUUUAAUACGAUCGAAUGAAGAGAUGAAAAAAUUUGAUGAAAACGAUGCAGAUUUUCAAUUAGCUAUCAAGGAAAAUGAAAUUUUCAUAUCAAAACAACAAGAAAAAAUCAAUCUCAUUCAAAAUAUAUUAAUAGGAAAACAACAAAAUGGAAGUAAUUGUAUACCUCUAGAUUCUAACUCACCGGCAACUGAAGCUGCUGCUACUGCGCUUGAUGAUUUGUCUGAUAUUGAUCAGCUCAUUGAGGAUGUGCAAGAUCAUAAUACCAACAAUGUUUGA